AUGGCAGAGGAUUUGUUGCAGUGGAGUUUGGAUCAAUUACAUCACCAAUUUUGUCUGGAGGCAUCUGAAGACAUCGUCAAAUACAUUAUAUCAAUUGAAAAAGAAGAGGAGAUUGAAGAGUAUGUGGGCGACCUUCUUCAGGGUACAGAUGGGAGGAAAGGACAGUUCAUUAAGGAGUUCCUAUGCAAGUGGAAAAAGACUCAAAGACAGGCCGGAGAUACGGCUGGUCUAUUCCUUCUCACAGAGUCGAUGUCUGCAACAGACUCACAAGAUAUGAUCAAAGAUACCCAGAAGAAGUCUAAACGGAAGGGUCGUAACAAACAAGAGGUGUUGACUGUGAGUCAAACUGACCCAGAACCAGAGGCUGUCAAAACACCUAUUGACCUAAUGAGGACUCAAGAAAGCUCUAGUAUGGCUUCAACAAAGAAGAAAACCAAGUUUACAAGUCUUUAUGCUAAAGAAGGCCAAGACAAGCUGACUGUUUUACUACCUGGACGACAAAGCUGCGACUGCCUUGCUCAGAAGCACAGACUCAUCAACAAUUGUAUCAGUUGUGGUCGUAUCGUAUGCGAGCAAGAGGGAUCCGGUCCAUGUCUCUUCUGUGGUAGCCUGGUCUGCACCAAAGAAGAACAAGAGAUUCUGCUAAGAGACUCAAACAAAAGCCAGAAACUAAGAAAGAAGCUGAUGGGAGAUUGUGGUGAAAGAGAUUACCUAGUACAUCAAGAAAACAAGAUGAAGGCUGGUUUGGAGAAGGCUGUCCAGCACAAAGAUAAACUGUUGGAAUAUGACAGGACAAGUGUCAAGAGAACUCAGGUACUUGACGAUGAGUCUGAUUACUUUGCAACUGACAACCAAUGGUUGUCAAACGCUGAGCGUGACAAGCUAAGGAAGAAGGAGGAAGAGCUGAGAGAACUUCGUCAUGCGUCCCGUAAAGACCGGAAAAUUACCUUGGAUUUCGCUGGUAGACAAGUCCUUGACGAGGGAAACAACUUGAACGAGUACUACAAUAAAUUAGAUGAGACCCUCCAAGCAAUACACAUUGACUCUGCGGUAAAAUCUCCAUUGUAUAAACGACAAAGUGAACAACAGAAUCUCCGUGAACUGGUCAACCCCAACAUAAGGCAGAGUGCACCACAAUGGGUAGAUACCGGCAACAGGGAAAACAACAAAAGGAGCUUAGUGAAGGAACAGAGCUUGGCACAUGAUGGAAAGGAAGGAGAGCGGGCAAGGUUGAGGCUCCAAGAUAAAGAAUUGCAGGAGAUGUCUGAUGGAGGCUGGUGUCUCAGCAUGCACCAGCCAUGGGCAUCACUACUGGUCAAAGGCAUCAAGAGAGUAGAGGGCCGAACAUGGUAUACAUCACACCGUGGCCGUCUUUGGAUUGCUGCUGCGGCCAAGAAGCCUACUCCUGAGGAGAUUGCUGAAGUGGAGGCUAUGUACUGCUCCAUCUACAAUAAAGAUCCCAGGUUUCCUUCCAACUAUCCCACUGGCUGCCUGUUGGGCUGUGUCAAUGUCACCGAUUGCCUUUCUCAAGAUCAGUUUAGAGAGCAGUUCCCCAGCACAUGUGAGGAGUCUGCGUCCCCAUUCGUCUUCAUCUGCACUAACCCUCAGGAGCUGGUGGUAAAAUUCCCAAUGAAAGGGAAGCACAAGAUCUGGAAGCUAGAGAGCCACUACCACCAGGGUGCCAAGAAGGGGCUGGUCCCUUCGGCCACAGAGUGA